AUGUCGGUCGCCGAUGCCAAUGCCGCAACAGAAUGCAACGAGGGUGGCGAACCAGUCCGGACCCUCCCCGCCCAGCUUUCCGGGUGGGUGCGGGAGGUGAUGGAGGAACCCGAUGCCGUCCGCCGACGUGACGCCCACGCACACUUGCUCUUCGCGCUGGCUACGAGCCAGCACGACGGUGCAGCAUAUGAACAGUUAUGGCCGCUCAUCGUCGGCACGCUCGUGCGCCAGGCAGAGGCACGAGAAGGGACGGACAAGACCGACAUCGAUGAGGGUGAGCGCAUCAGGCGGGAAUGCUUGCUCGCUGGGUUGCUCCGGUUUGGAUGCAUGGGUUCGGCCGAGUGCGAGCCCUCGCUCGACCACAUCUUGGCCAUCAUCGCGAGCGAGAAGACGCCGGAGGGGCUCAAGGCCGCGCUCUACGCCUUCCUCUGCGCCAACACCCGCGAGCGCCGCGUCUCCGAAUCUCCGGAGGAGAUGGUGUGCUUCCUCAUGAAGCGCAUUGUGCAGGAGAAGCGGCACGACACGGCGCGCGCCUGCGCCAUCCUAGCCCUCGACCGGUGGCUGGAUUGCCUGGACGACUACGAGAGCAAGGCCAAGUGGGCCCACGUGCGCGAAUUUUUGACGUGUGCCUGGGGCGCGCCGUGGGACCCUGCCCUCUACCCCGCCGAUUUCAGCGACGGUGAAGACGACAACGACGAUCAAGACGAACCCGUCUCCGAUGAGAAGGAGGCCGCCGAGAUGACUGUCGUCCAUCAACUCGAUAUGGGCGUCCUCAGCAAGGCCGCGCUGGCCCUGGUGGCCCUUCGGCGUCUGAGGAACGCGCCCGUGCAGGCCAUCGAGCACGCCCUCUCGGUGCUCGUUGACGAUUCCUCCGUCCGAGGGGCAUGGGCGUCUGUAGCUGUCCUGCGCGUGACUGCACCACGAGCAGAUGCAGGAAGCUGGCUGUUGACGUCCCACCGAAACACGGGGCCUGUCGCGGCCAUGGUGUCAGAGGAGUUCAUGGCGAGCGUGUACGACCAAGUGGAGGCCUACCGCGAGGCCAUGGAGCGGGCCAAUGCGUCCCGCCACGAGUGGGAGGACGAGCAGCCGACGGUCCCCUCGCUCAGGGCGCCGAAAGCCGUCCCGUUCAUCAAGGUCCUCCUCCAAACGCUGGUGUGGCUCGAGGCCCAGUGGGCGAAACAGCAGCUCAUGCCGCGCUUGCUCGAUCACCUCGCGCAAGCUGCCGCCAGCCCCACCGCCCCUCUGGGGGCGUUGGUGUCGUGCCUGCUGGCGCUCCUGGUGCCGGAGCCCCUGGCCGAGGGAACCGUGGUGCAGGAGCUCGACAAGUGCCUCGUGGGAGUGCUGCGCCAGCUGGCCUUCGAGCCUCGGUUUGACCGCAUGUGGUCGCUGCUCUCCCCUGUGUACGCUGCCUUGACCCGCAACCUACUGCACGCCGGUCUCCAGUCGCGCUGA